AUGUUGAGAUCUAAAGAGAGCAAAGAAGCUGAGAUUUAUGAUUGUUUAAGUAGAGAUGACUCUAUCAUUAUUAAUGAUAUGGAAAAUUUGGGUCCAUGGCAUAAAUAUGGAGGUAGCAUACAUUAAGAACUUUAAAGAAUCUCCUCAUUGUAAUUAUGCAAGUCAGUCUCUGAACAUCACACUGACAAGAUCAUAAAUUCCACCAGGCAUAUUGCACAAUUGCAAUCAGGUAGAAGGCUAUCAUAAGAGAAUAUAAAGCAAACGUAAUUUCCAUUAGAUGACAAAAUUAUGAAAUCAACAUCAACCCACUAUGAAUAAAAAAGCAGAACACAACUAAUGAAAUAGCUCAGAUCUCCUAAGCCCAAAGAUAGUUCUCUAAUCACUACAAAAUAGGAAGAAACCAAAACUAUGAAUAUCAAAGCAGAGAAAACCAAUGUGGGCUUCUUUGUUCAGUGUUAUCCCAACAGAAAUAAAUUUGAGAGGUCCAAAUUGUCAAAUUUCUAAACCUCAAAGGAGUAUUUCGAAAAAAUAGCAUUGAAAUUGAUGUAUGGUCUUAGCAGGGAUUAAACUGUUGAGACAAUCCAAACUGCAAAUCCAAAUCAAUAAUUUAUUAAAUAAUAAGAAUAGUAAGAAAGGAACUCUCAAUCAAGAGUAGGUCCUUAAACAAUAGGCAGAAAUUAUUUUUAUAAAAAAGAACUCAAAUUUCAUAGCAACAAUACAUCUCAAAUAAAUCUAAACAAAACCAUCAAUAAUUCCAUCAAUUCCAUUUUAAAUCAGCCGUAAAACAUUGCAAAAUAGAGAAUCCCAUUUCAUAAACUUAUUAAUAAAAAAACUGUUAUUUCGUUUGCAUCCCAAAAUUAAUUAUUGGAAAAAUAGUAUUAGCAAUCUUAAUAAUAAAAUAAAAAGAUUUAAAGAAUGGUUAGCAGUUGA